GCACAAGGAGGAGUGCUCUGAAGGGAGAGCCAGGAGCCCUGGGGCCGCCCUGAGUUAAGGUUGUGCUGACCUUGUCUCAUGUGCUUCCUCUCCUGACCCCCGUCUCUUCAGAUGCCUUCAACUCCAGAGCAGCCCUCUGGGCAUGUGGAGAGACUCCCUGAGUCGGAGCUGGUUACAUGGCCCCCGCUGCCCUGUGGGCCCUGCAUCCCCAUCAUGCUGGCCCUGGCCUCCCUCGCCGCCCUCUUCCUCGUAACGACAGCUGUGUUGGCCGAACGCCUCUUCCGCCGCUCUCUGCACCCAGACCCCAGCAACCGUGCACCCACCCUGGUCUGGCGCCCCGGAGGAGAACUGUGGAUCGAGCCCAGGGGCACCCCCCGAGAGCGCUCAGAAGACUGGUAUGGCUCUGCGGUCCCCUUGCUGAUGGAUGGGGCCCCAGACCCUCCCAUCUCUGGAGGCACCUUGGAGGCCCGAGCCACAGCCCCACCUGCCCCUAUAGCCCCACUCUCCCCUCCCAGCUCCUUGGGCCUCCAGAGCCCACCCAGGGCCCCAGUCCGCAGCACCUUCUGGGGGCCCCAGGCCUUGGAGGAGAGGCCCUAUGCUCCGGGUCUGGUGAGCUGGGCUGAGCCUGAACAGAGGCCAGAGGCCAGCAUGCACCUGGGGAGCCCCCAGACCCAGAGGCAGCGGCUAGGGAGCUCUGAUCUGGAGUGGGGCCUCCAACCUCGGGUCACCCUGGAGCAGAUCUCUGCUUUCUGGAGGCGUGAAGGUCGGACCAGCGUGGGGUUCUGAUUCCCCAGGGCCUGGAGGACUGGCCUCUCCGAGACACUGAGGAAGGCCUUACCUCAGAGGGUCUCUCUGAGGCCUUAAGACCCUGAGGCUCCAGCCUAAGAGCCCAAGUUCAUACUUGGGCCCACAGGGAAGAACACCCCUCCCAAGGCCUUUUACAUCUGGAUUUCAAUUCCCUGGAUCUGGGGCUGGGCAGGCACCGCAUGGACAGAGCCUGUGCUGCAGGGGAAGCCCAGAAGUAUCUCUCUGGCUGCCCAGGGUCGCGGCACAGACAAUUGGAGGUGGGGCCGACUACGGGCCAGAAGUCGCCAAAAUCAUGUUCUAGAUUAAGAAAGAUCUCAAGCUACCAAACAGGUAGGGAAUAGGAUCAUCACAGAAGCUUCCACCUUCAUUGUGCACCUAAGAUGCCAACAUCGGCGUGCAGGGGUCCUGUGGCUGCCGAACAGACUGAGUGUAGAUGACCAGGGUCAGUCCUGCCAGCAGGAGAGGACAGGAAGCCAGCCUCCCAGAGCCACGGAUCAUGCCUCCAGGAAAACACAGACAGAGGUCAAGGCCAGGCAAAGGAGCGUCUUAUUACAUCCCAACUGUAGCUUUGACCCCCAACUUGCCACAGGAAACUUGGGCAGCCAAAUUGGAGAGGCCCCUCCUUGCCUCCAGCUAGGACCUCGAGUCAAGGGAGGUCAGGGGGCAGCCGUCCCAUUAAGGUUGAACAUGGCAGCCCACUGACUCUGACCCCUCCGGGGUGAGGGAGGCCCGCCGAAGCGAUCGGAGUUUGAUCCAAUGUGGAAAGGAACACUGUCCCUGGGGAAGAGCAGCUCCCGGUGUGCGGCCUCUGGCCAUCCUCCCUCCCAGCUUGCUGGAUCAAUCCAGACAGAUUUGCCCCAUGACAGGCUUAUUUAUAAUGCCUCACCCGGUAGAAAUGGAGCCCAGAGAUGUCCUUGAUUCCACAGCCAUCUGUAUCAGCUGGCCGCCCCCUGGGAGGAGAGCCAGGAGCUGGGGAGAGGAAAAGGAGCUGCACUCCCGGCACGGGGAGGGAAGGGGGGCCCGAUUUCCCAAACUUCAGUCACGAAUGUUAGGAUUUUUGCCUUAUCACUUUACCACCUGUACUAUUAUUUACUUCAUAUUUUUCCUUAAGAUGAUUUCCUAUUUGCUGAAUAAAUUUAUUUUA